AUGCUGCGCUCCAAUUUGGAACUUAUCGCGAUGUUAACGAUUUUUAUUAUCUCGUGGUCUGCGUUGUUUUUACUUUAUUCCGUUUUUAAUUUGUACGCACCUUUCACAAACAAAACUAUUGACCUGGAUCCAAUAUUUCAACCUUACGGCAGAGCCCAGGAUUUACUGCCAGCAGAUUUCCAACCUCGUCCAAGUGAAGAGAAACGGGAUUGGCACGAUUAUAAGGCUAUGGAACAAGAUGCCAAGCGUGUGGGUCUUGGUGAACAGGGAAAGGCAGCCAAAUUGAAGAAUUCGACUCGCGAUUUACAGCUUAAGUUGAAUGAGAAAUACGGUUUCAAUGCGCUGCUCUCCGACUCUAUAUCAGUUAAUCGUUCCUUGCCAGAUAUUCGGCCUCCGAACUGCAAAAAGAAACUGUAUCUGAGUGUGCUACCCAAGGUGAGCAUUAUUUUAAUUUUCUACAACGAGUACUUCAGCGUGCUGAAGCGAUCUUUGCAUAGUGUUAUUAAUCGCUCACCGCCUGAGUUGAUUAAAGAGAUUAUACUGGUGGACGACUACAGUGAUCGUGAUCAUCUCCACAAGCCGCUAGAGGACUAUAUAGCCGGCCAUUUUACGAAUGUGCGGAUUAUUCGACUACCUCGACGCAUGGGUCUGAUUGCCGCCCGAACUGCAGGUGCACGGAAUGCGACCGCGGAGAUUCUGGUCUUCCUGGACUCCCACAUCGAAGCCAACCACAAUUGGUUACCACCAUUGUUGGAGCCCAUCGCACUAAACAAGCGAAUGGUCGUAUGUCCCAUUAUUGAUAGUGUUAAUUAUAACAAUUUUGAACUAAGUGAGUUUAGACCUAAAGGCCAUCGUGGUGCUUUCACAAGAGAUUUGGCGUAUGUAAUUCUCGGGCUACUACCAGAAAACAUAAAGUUUCCGAGCAAGCCUUAUAAGAAUCCUGUCAUGAUGGGUGGACUAUUCGCCAUAUCGACACAAUUCUUUUGGGAGUUGGGAGGUUACGACGAAGGUCUAGAUAUUUAUGGUGGCGAGCAAUUCGAGUUAAGUUUCAAAAUAUGGAUGUGUGGAGGAGAAAUGUAUAAUGUGCCUUGUUCUCGCGUGGCACACGUCUUUCCUAGUCCACACAAAAAACCGUACAACGUUCCAGCUGGACGAUCGAAUUAUCUCUUUAAGAAUUAUAAACGGGUGGCAGAAGUGUGGAUGGAUGGAUACACAAAAUAUAUAAGUUGGUAUUACGAAGCAGGUGAUAUCGACGUGGGUGAUCUCACCAAACAAAAAGCGCUGCGAUCCAAAUUAAAGUGCAAAUCCUUCGAGUGGUAUUUAAAAAAUGUCGCAUUUGAUGUUAUAGGUGGAUACCCUCCAUUUAUGUAUGCCUCCGGUGCUAUACAAAAUUUGGGAGAUGCUAAUAUGUGUGUGGACGUGCUUAGACAUGAUUUUUUGCAGCCUAUUGGCCUAUAUACUUGUGCCGAAAAUUUGGUUUUCCCACAACUUCCGCAAUUUUGGACGCUGACUCCACAUUGGGAAUUGUAUAUGCAUAACAAUUUUAUGUGUCUGGAGGUCCGCACCUUGAAACGCAAUGCGCCAGUGUGGCAAAAACCAUGUCACAGAAAAGGGGGAAAUCAGUUCUGGAACUACGAUUACAAAAGCAGACUUCUGAAGAAUCGUGAGGACGGCAAACGUUGCCUCGAGAUGUUGCCGCUGAACAAAACGGUGGUCGUCAAUGCGUGCAACAAAAGCAAUAUAUACAUGCGGUGGAAUAUUGGUUUUAUCAAUCGAACAGCCCUCCAAAACAUCAGCUACACAUAAUUUAUGGAAUUUAAUGUA